GUUUCUACAAGCCAGCAAUGAACACUACUUGGAUCGACUUAUUGGCUCAACAUCCAGCCAUUGAUUCUACUGCAAAUGAUACUAAAUUAGAGCCUUCAACUCCUCUUACAAAGACUCAAAAACCACUCAAUUGGGGUUUGGCUGAUAUAUCGGCCAUCUCGAUGAAUUCGGAUUCUAAUGCUACAUUCGACACUUCUAUAUCUUAUCUGCCUACUCCAUCCAAACUCACAGCUACUACCAGCAAUGAUUUUAAAGAAAUCCCUUGUUUUUUGGAUGAUAUUGAUGGUGUUACUUCUCAUGCACUGUUGGCUCAAUCAGAUGGAAACUUGUUCAUGUGCUUAAAUAAGAAAUCUGGUACUCUUGUUAGACAUAUUGGGUUACGAGAGUGGAAGCGAAUCUGUACUAAAGCUACUACUGACGGUACAAAUGAAGAUAUUCAUGCAGUCUACAAUCAUGCAUCAUGGAAGGAUCUUGUUAUGCCUGGUUUGGAUUUUAGGGUUACACAAAUCCAGCUUAACCCAACUGGUCGUAUCUUGGCAUUGUGUGGUAAAAGAUCGGUUCUUAUUGCCGUGCUGCCCAUCACACUAAAGUCUAGUGUUCAAUCACUCGAAUGCAAAACUCACAAAAUAUCCAACAUCAUCUCCACCAGCGAUCAUGUUCAUUUUAUUUCAAAAUGCCAUUGGCAUCCUUUGAGUGACACGGGUGCUCAUCUGGCUGUUUUGACUUCUGACGCUGUGUUGAGGAUAUAUAAUGUUGCAUCAAGCUCAAAAACUCCUGAAAGUAGUAUUGUUGUCAAUGGAGAUGAUCAAGAAAUCAAUGCUAUUCAGUCUUCACAAGCCUGGACAAACCGACAUCGAUUCGGAUCAAAAAUGGACGAUGGAGAAGCUGUUUCGUUUUGUUUUGGCGUCGAUCAGUCUAUGCUGGAUCAUGAAUAUGAUGAAAAUGACAAAAUGACUCGGAGUAAAAGUGCUGCUUCUUGGUCGCCGUUUACUGUAUAUGUAUUGAUGCGAAGCGGUGAUAUUUUCUCAGUAUGCCCUGUUGCACCUUGUCGCAUGCAUCUAUCUGCCAACUUUUUAAACUCUCUCAAAGUCGAAACGGAGUUGGAUUGGAGUAUAUCAAAUACAAGUGAUACGUUGGAACAAUCGAGUUUCUAUUGGCGAUUGAAAUGGAUUCAAAAUAUUUUGGACCAGAUGCCUAUGCCGGAUGAUGACAUGACUGCACAUUUAUCCAACAUAAACUCUGACGAAAGUGAUUUGUACAAGAAUGCUGGAAAGACGAAUACCUAUUUUUCUUGUGACUUGCCCACUAGCAUGAAACGAUUGCAAGUCAAAUCUUGCGGACCAUAUCUUGUCCAGCCGUGUGAUCCUGCACACUCUUAUGACAAUGCAUGUGAUAUUGUGUGCAUGCCUUCAUCUGUUGGCGUCGUGUUUGUUGUAUCGAGUGCGUGUGGUGUUGUUCAGAUCUUGCUAGAAGUUGACCCUGUUACUCCAUCUUGGAAACUUGACAAUGAUACAGCCAUCAACACUUUAGAAUCUGAAUCCCCUGUUUUGGCACUACUCGAGACGAUUGAUUUAAAAUAUCCCAAAGAACUUACAGGAUUGGAUAGUGUAUCUAAAAGCAAACACGCGGUUUCGACUGGUGAUAUUACUCUUUUGGCUGAUCCCAAAUAUUUUGAUAUGUUUUAUGCAUACCAUACAAUGGGCGUGCACUGUAUUACUCUGCCAAAUUUGGAUUCAUUGAAAAAGGGCGAAAGUAUUGCAGUUGAUGCGUGCAGUGUGCGGCAUCUUGUUUUGCUGCAAAACAGUAUUGCAACAAACACUAAGCAGGAGACCUCUAAUCCUGUCAAGGCUGUGGUUGGGCUUACGAUUCUUACUGAAAACGUGCUGGGAUACAGCUAUUUACUCAUGACAUCAAGUAAUGAGAUAUACGGAGAUGCGCUAGCAUUGCGAGUUGUUUCCAACUUUCCAUCUUUUCAAACAGACCUGUCAGCCACAGCAACUAUCAAGGACAUGAAAUCACCAUACAAGAGUGCCUUGGUGGAUCAUCCAUACCAGAUGCCAAAAUUUAUUCAAAGCGGGUUUCCGCGACGUCCAAAACUUGUUGGACAUGAUGGAGAUAAAAAAACGUACCCCGUGUUUAUUAAUCCCGAUAGUAUAGCCAAUAUAGCCAAACAAGCAAGUAUUGUAAGUGAAGACUUGCAAAUACUAUACAAUGCCAAAGGUGACUUGAUUGAACAUCUUGAUCGACAAGUGCAUGAGUAUGCUCAGCAAAUGACUAUACUCGAUGAAUGCACCAACAGAAUAGAUUCGCUUACAACCAAGCAGAGUUGCACUCAUGAUCGGAUGAAGGCGGUUCGUGAACGGUAUGCAAAAACCCUGACCAAAGUGGAUCUAAUAUUACAGAUUUUGGUUGAUCAGACACAGCCUGAGCUCAGUAUAGCAGAGAUCAAAUGGAUGCAUGAACUACAAGGAUGUCGGAGAGGGCUAAGUAGAGAUGUAGCACCAAGUAUAACCGAGGUUGGUGAACGGGCCAAGGAAGUGAUUAAAAAACAACAAGCGGAUGAUGUGCAGGAAUCAAUACAAAGGGCGGAGCGACAACAAAUGAGUGAAGUGUUGGGUAGCAGUCAGAUUCUAAGGAUCCGAAAUGCACUUCAUCAGGAAUACAAGGUGAUUUCAUCGACAGCGAUGAAGAUGGCCCGCCUUGAAGCUGAAAUGUCGGGUAUGAAUUAA